CAUGAAUGUCACCCGUCGCAUUUCGUGCCUUGCGCAACACCACCAACGGUCGCGAGGCUCAUAGUAUAGCCUCGCGUGGACCCUUGUGGAUCCUAUCUAUUCCCUCUUGCUCUUUUGCCUCUGCAGUCCCAAAGGAGCAUGUCACUCACGUCUCCCACUUACUUUCCUCCGUAGCUCACGCAGUCAUUGCGCUCAACGCUUCGACAUCCAACAAACAAUAGCACCUCGUAUUCACACAUUGCACGCGCCACGAAAACAGCACAACCCCUCCAACUGGCCCGGAUAGUCUCGCCUGUCCGGGAACACUAUCCGUACCAGCAAGCUCUUCUGCCCAUCACACGAUAUAACCCCACGUGUCGCCAUGCCAGCAUCUCAAAGUCCAACCAAUGCCGCUGACCGGCCGCGCCUGACAGAAGCCCAGAAGAAGGAAAACCACAUCCGCUCAGAGCAGAAGCGACGUGAGGCAAUCCGAGAAGGCUUCGACCGACUUGCCUCCAUCGUACCAGGCCUAGAGGGACAGGGACGAAGCGAGGCUGUUGUGCUGGGUGGCGCAAUCAAGCUCAUGCGCGAGAAGAUUAUGGAGCGGCAGCAAAUCAUAAACGACGCAAAAGCAAAGGGAAUCGACACGACGGGUUGGGAGCUAGACAAGGACACUAUGGAGGCGUGCGCAAGGCAAUUCGAGAGGACCAUGGCGGAGGAUCGCCAGGCAGGAAACGGGGAUGAAAAUGGAGUCGACGUAAAAAAGGAGUAGGUACUUGCAUGUUCAAGCCACACCAGAACACAAGACUGUUGAUGCUGCAACGAAAUGGUAGAAAAAAAAAUGCUUGUGCUACAACAGCGUUGCACGCAUGUAUGAAGUCAUGAGACUAUGAUCUCUUUUUGCGGGCACAGGAGCGAUUAAUAAGAAGAAAAGAAAACACUUGCGCACUCAAACCUUUGCC